AUGCUUCCAAAAAAGUUUGGCAGGACAAUGCAUAUGGUUGGAGAGAACAAUUAAAAUUAAGAAAGAUUAAAACAAUUAAUACUUGAUAACUUGAUUGGGGAAUAUGCUCAAAAUGAUUAAGUAAUUACAGCAUAUACGACUGACUUUUUUAUAUAAUACAAUUCAAUAAAUGCUAUAAGAAUCCUCAGGGAGGAAGUGAAGAAAGCUGUCCUCAAACCAAAAGAAGAAAAAAUUAUGUUGAUUUAGAAAUUGAAUUAAAGAAUCAGAAAAGAACAAUAAGAACAUCAGAUGAAGAACACUCUAAUAUCUAAAUAAGAAAACAAUAAUUAGGAAAAAAGACACCAUACUAAUUAAUUGUCUGAAUAAAAAUAAUAAUAAGCAAAAUUAAAGACUGAUUCUAUCAUUAAUGAUGAAAAGAGAAAAUCUAUAUAUAAAGUCGAUGGAUCAUUAGAUGAAUGGGGAGCUAUAAUAAAAUAUAACACUUUGUAAUUUUAGAAGGAAGUAGAGCAAGAGAAAAAGAAAAAGAUCAUUCAUAAAUAAAAGAUUAAGGAGGAUUUAGAUAAGUAGAUAGCGGAAAAAGAAAAAGUAAAGUAAAAGGAUAAAUAAGACGAAAUAUUAUAUUAUACAAUAAGUCAAUAAUAGUUAAAGGAUUUUGAAAGAUUAUAAGAGUAGAGAAAUAAGUCAAGGAGAUUUGAGGAAAUGUAAGAGAAGCUGAUAAGAGAUCAAUAAGUGUAUUUUCAUAAAAAACAAAAGAAAGAAUAAAAUGUUUAUGUAAAAUAGUAGGAAGAGGAAAUGCUUAUAAGAGUAAAAGAGGAGAUUAAGGCAGAGGAUUAGUUAAAUAAACGAAAGAAGAUGGAACAAUUUGAAAAACUAUAAGAAAUAUUGAAAUAAAAUGAAAAUUUAAGAAUUAAAGCUAAAGAGGAGGUAAUUAAAAGCAAACAACAAGAGCGAUAUUAAUAAGAGAUGUUUAUUCUAAAGGAUGAAAUGUAGAAUUAAAGAAAGAGAAGAGAAAAAUAAGAAUAAAUGAAUUUCAACAUUAACAAUUAUAGUUAAUAAGCAAUAAGAUAUAAGAGGAAUAAUUAGGAAUUAAAUGAGACUUUGGAUGAUUACUGGCCAAAUAAUAAAAAUGAUAACAAAUUAAGCAAAAGGGAAAAGUAGUUUUAAUUGUUGAGUGAAUUAGAGAAAUAGGUAUAAGAGAAAAAAAGAAGAUACACACAACAAGAAUCAGAAAAGAGAAUCAUCUUUGAAACCGAAUUACAAGAGUAAAGGGAUGUAUAAAAAUAAGAAUAAGAGCGGAGAAAUAAUAUAAGAUUGAUGUACUAAAAGAAUGCGGAAGAAUUGAAGAAAUAAAUUCUAUAUGGAUAGAAUGGUUCACCUCUCAAAAGUAAAUUAAAUCCUUUUGAGAAAAUGGGAGAGCAAGAAUUACUAUAGAAUAAGAAAGUACUAAAAAGGAUCGCCAAUGAUUCUUCGUUGGGUAUACAAGUGAAAAAGACUGAAAUAUCAAUUCCUGAAUGA